AUGUCGGGCAAUGUGACAGCGCUGUGUUGGGACCCAGGCCAGAGAGUGUUGUUUUCCGGCAGCUCCGAUCACUCCAUCAUCAUGUGGGACAUCGGGGGACGCAAAGGUACCGCCAUCGAACUUCAGGGACACAAUGAGAAGGUCCAGGGCCUAUGCUACGCGCCACACACACGUCAGCUGAUCUCCUGCAGCUCAGAUGGAGGCAUCGUCAUCUGGAACAUGGACUUGACCCGACAGGAGACCCCAGAGUGGCUGGACAGUGACUUGUGUCAGAAGUGUGAGCAGCCAUUCUUCUGGAACUUCAAACAGAUGUGGGACAGUAAGACGAUCGGCCUGCGCCAGCACCACUGCAGGAAGUGUGGGCAGGCAGUGUGUGGGAAGUGCUCGGCCAAGCGCUCCACCAUCCCUCUCAUGGGCUUCGAGUUCGAGGUGCGGGUGUGUGACAGCUGCCACGAGUCCAUCACGGACGAGGACCGGGCGCCCACGGCGACAUUCCAUGACAGCAAACAUAGCAUAGUUUACAUGCACUACGAGCCUACCACAGGCUGGCUGCUGACCUCUGGGGCAGACAAGGUUGUCAAGCUCUGGGACAUGACUCCAGUGGUGUCUUGA